AUGGUCGUCGUCGUCGCCGCGUCCGUGGCUGCGCUGGGCCUUGGCCUGGCCGUCGCCGCGAACGACGAGGGUUCGUGGAUCGAUCCCGAGACGCCGGACGCUGCCAAGGUCAUCCGCGUGCCUGCGGCCGGCGUCAAUUUCUUCGAGUCGCCGACGACCAACGAGUACCGGCUCGUGUUCUCGGACGAGUUCAACACGGAUAGCCGGCCGUUCGAGUCGGGCUUUGACCACAAGUGGACUGCGCUCGAGCACAUUGACACGACCAACAUGGGCCAGCACUACUUUUCGCCCAAGGCCGUCCAGACCGACGGCGGCAACUUGAUCAUUACGACGUCCAAGCCGAAAACGCCCUUCCACGACGCGCACUAUGUGAGCGGGAGCGUCCAGACCUGGAACAAGUUUUGCUUUACGGGCGGGUACGUCGAGAUGAAGGCGAUUCUUCCUGGCAAGUGGGGCAUCCCGGGCACGUGGCCCGCCUUCUGGAUCAUGGGCAACCUCGGCCGCGCCACAUAUCUCGGGUCCCAAGAAGGCAUGUGGCCCUGGACGCUCGACUACUGCGUGCCCAUGGACGACAUGAUUGACAUUCCGCAAAAGAUCAACGCGUGCAACAACCUCACGGACCCGGACGACCCGAGCUCGCUGCCCGAAAAGUAUGGCCUCCACCCGCGCCAAGGCCGCGGCGCGACCGAGAUCGAUGUGUUUGAGAUCCAGAUCAAGAAGAAGGACGACCCGGCGUUCAUGUCGACGUCGCUGCAGCUCAGCCCGGGCUUGACCGACGCGAUGCGCCCCGACUCGGGCAACCUGCCGGGCCCAAACCAAUGGUACUCGAACCUUACGUUUGGCAACUACACCAAGAUCAACAGCGACUACUACGGCGAGCGUGGCCGCGACUCGAUCUCGGCGCUCACGCAGCUCCAAACCGACGCCUUCCUCAAGUACCACACGUACCGGCUCGAGUGGAUGCCGGGCUACGACGGCUACAUUCGGUGGUGGGUCGACAACAACUUUCUCUUUGAGAUCGCGGGCGCUGCGCUCAACAAGUGGGCCGACGGCAUCCCGCCGCGCAUGAUUCCCGUCGAGCCGAGCUACCUCAUUAUCUCGACAGCUGUCUCGGAGAAGUUCUCGCCGCCCUGCGACGGCCAGCUCUGCGACUCGCUCUGGCCCUCCAACUUUACGAUCGACUAUGUGCGCGUCUACCAAGGCCCGCGCAACGAGUACACGUCGCUCGGCUGCAACCCGCCGGCCUACCCGACGCGCGACUGGAUCGCCGCGCACCCGGUCGAGUUUGGCCUGCCGUGGUACACGUCGCUGCCAGCGUCGACGUAUGCGCUGCACGCGGGCGCCGGUCUUCUCAGUCUUCUCGGCGUGUACAUUGGCGUCAUGGGGCAUGUCGCGAGCUGGCUCGCGGCGCCGCUGGCCACGUCGACGCUGAGCGCAUGCCUUUUUUACACGCUCUUCAACGUCGGCUUGCCGUCGCUGCCGUUUGUGCCGAUCACGCUCGCGCUCCUCUGCGGCGCGGUCUUUGGCGGUCUCUCGAGCCUCUUGCGCGUCUCGGCGCUCGCGGGCAGCGCCGUGCUGGUCGCCGUCGUCGCCGUCUUUGCCGCCGUCGAGCUCUCGUCGACGCUGGCGCUGCAGAUCGUGUCGGGCUGCCUCUUCUCGCUGAGUUUGACCGCGCCGCUCUUCCUCGCGUCGACGCUCUUGCUCGAGAUGGUCGCGACGUCGGUGCUUGGCGGCGUCGCUAUCGUCCUCGGCGUCUCGCGGUUUGUGAGCCACGGCGACUUUGCGCUCGGGCUCUGGUACGCGUUUGGCACGCUUCUCUCGGGCGCGCCGCCGCAGCCGCUGUGCACGGUCUACUGCUGGGAGCUCUACGCGACGUGGGGCCUCUUGACCAUGUCGAUGCUGCUGCUGCAGCUGCUCGUGUGGCUCCAGCACCCGACGGCAUUAGUACCUGGACAGGAUGCGGCGAGCAAGGUGCCGUUUGCGAGCACGGACGCGCGCGCGUGGAAGCCGGAGGGAUCUUCGGCGCCGAACCUCUUCGCGCUGCACGCGCUGCCGCCCAAGAUGCAGCCGUUCGCGCCGCUCGGCAAGAUUGCAACGCACGUCGCGCGCACGUUUGGGUUCCAGCCGGCCAACGCGCACAACCAGAUGGAGCAUUUGCUCGUGCUGCUCACGAACGUGUCGCGGGGCAGCCAGAACCCGUACUUGGUGUUGCACAAGUCGGUGUUUGAAAACUACCACCAGUGGUGUCGCAAGCUGCACGUGCCGCCGGCGGUCGGCGGUACCAGCGUCGAAGACAUGGUGACGGACCUCUGUCUCUUCUUCUUCAUUUGGGGCGAAGCGAGCAACUGCCGGCACGCGCCCGAGUUUCUGAGCUUUCUCUUCCACCAGAUGAAGACCGAGUAUGCGACGGCGCGCGGGUACCGGGACCCGGGCUACUUUCUGGACGCGGUCAUUACGCCCAUCUACACGCUGCUCAAGACCGAGAUGGUCGCCAACCAGCGCGACCACGACGACCGGCGCAACUACGACGACUUUAACGAAUUCUUUUGGACGCCGGCGUGCCUCCAGUACGACUACAAGAGCCCCGAGUACCACAAUAGCGACAGCUUUGCGGGCCCGCCAAUCGCGACGGCAUGGAGCAGCGCGACCAAGACGUACUACGAGAAGCGGCACUGGCUCACGGCGAUCCGCGCGUUCAAGCGCGUGUUUGAGUUUCACAUUGUGUCGUUCCAUCUGCUCGUCGCGAUCGCGUUCACGCAGCACGCGUCGAUGCGCGCGUCGAUGACGCUGCAUGUGGUCGCGAGCGUGCUCUUGUCGCCGAUCUUUCUCGGGGUCUUUUGGGCCAGCCUCGACGUGGCCGUCAUGUACCACCCGAGCGUGCCACUGCUGCAUGUGCUGCGCCUCGUGGUGCGGCUCGUGCUGCGGCUCGCGGCCGCGACGCUCUGCGGGCUUUUGUACUGGUAUGCGUGGAACACGCCGACGUAUUGGCGCAUCUUUUACAUGGUCACGGGCGUUGUGCACAUCCCGACGGUGCUGAAUGCGCUGCUGCAAGUCGCGCCGGGAACGACCACGUGGCUGCGCCAGAGCACGUGGCCGCUGCUGGUCGUGCUUCGGGACACGCUCUCGCCGCUCAACAAGCUCUACGUCGGCGACAACGUCCUCGACACGGCGAGCGACUCGGUGCAGUACCAGUGCUUUUGGGUCUCGCUCAUUGGCUGGAAGCUCCUGUUUUCGUACAAGUUUGAGAUCGUGCCGCUGGUGACGCCGACCUUGCUGCUCUUUGCCGACCACACCGAGAACGACGUGAGCUUGCUCUUGACGUCCGGGCUCAUGCUGCUCCAGUGGCUGCCGUUUUUUAUGAUUUUCUGCAUCGACAUGACGAUCUGGAACUCGAUCUGGGUCGCGUUCGUUGGCACGUUCGUCGGCUUUUCGCUUAAGAUUGGCGAAGUGCGCACGUUUGACCGCGCGCGCCACGCGUUCUUCCGGGCCGCCGACGCGUUUAAUUUGAAGCUCGUCUCGAAAGAGAGCAAGACGGGCGGCGAGCUCGCCGCGCACAGCCAGACGCCGUUGUCGGGCUAUGGCACGCUGCACCAAGAAGUCUUGUCGCUCGACGAGGGGCUCGUGCCCGGCGCGCGGACCAAGUCGUCGUCGACGCCGCUUCUGAGUUUUACGCGCCGGACGCCGUCGCGCGCCGAGAAGCACCUCGAGCGCCAUCGCAAGUGGACGUCGUUUGCGACCGCGUGGGACACGAUCGUCGACUCGCUCCGUGCCGACGACUUUCUGAACAACGCCGAGCUCGCGCGCCUCAAGUUCCAGCGCAUCCCGAACUUUGAGCGCAGCGUGUACUUGCCGCUCUUCCAGCUCGCGGGCUGUUUCGAGCAGUUUACGCUGCACGUCGGGACGCAAACCGAUGUGCUCACGAGCGCGAGCAUUGCCGACUUGCUCGAAGACGCGCCGAUGGUCGAGGAAGCGAUUGGCGAAGUGUGGGAGCUCACGAACUGGGUGCUCAACAACGUGCUCGGGCCGUGCCACUCGAACGAUGUGCGCUUCAUCUGCGCGGCCUUUGCCGGAUGGAUCGACCGCGGCCUGUACCACGGCGUGCAGUGGCAAAAGCUCGGGUCCGCCGCGACGGCGCUCGCCGACGUGCUCGGGUUGCUGCAGGCGCAGAUGCCGCACUGGAAGGCGUCGGCCAAGAACAUUCCGUUGCGCAAGCCGCCGAGCGAGUACGCACAGUUCCAACACGGCGCCGCGACCAAGUCGACGGUCAUGCACAAGUCGGCGUCGACGACCGGGCUCGCGUCGAUGGGCUCGUCCGCAGACGUGCCCCGGCGGUCGCGCGGCUCGGGCGUCGCCCGCAUUGCGGCGCUGCAGCAAAUCCCGUCGGCCGCACCGUCCACCAAGUCGCUCGUGACGCCGAUUCCCCAAGUGCACUUGCUCCAACUGCGCGAGAAGGUCCGGACGUUCCUCAACACGAUCAAGGCGAUGCUCGCGGUCGUCGACGAAGCCGACGUGCUCGUGCCCGAGUCGAAAGCCAUGAGCGACCGCCUCACGUGGGUGCUCACGCAAGAACGGGGCUUCAUGUGGGACGACGAGUACAGCAGCGAGCAGCUGACGCUCUUGGUGUUUGAUCCGCACGCGCUUACAGCGGUCGCGCACCUGCGCGGGCUCCUCACGCUCCAAAAGGCCGAAGCCGAGCCGAGGUCGUUUGACGCGCGGCGCCGGCUCCUCUUUUUUGUCAACUCGCUCUUUAUGGACAUGCCGUCGGCGCCGCCGAUCGACGAGAUGCAGUCGUACUCUGUCAUGACGCCGUUUUACGCCGAAGACGUGCUCUACUCCAAGGCCGACCUCGAGUCGAAGCGCGACGGUCUCGACGUGCACACGCUCUUGUACCUCCAGACGCUCUACAAGCACGAUUGGGAGAACUUUCUCGAGCGCGUGCAGCCCAAGAAGAAUCUAUGGAAGGACGCGCACACGGCGCAGGAGCUCCGGCUGUGGGCGUCGCUGCGCGGCCAGACGUUGGCGCGGACGGUCCAGGGCAUGAUGUACGGCGAGGCUGCAAUCCGGCUCCUCGGCGACCUUGAGCAAGUGCCGUUGGCGGCGAUCGAGGACAUUGUCAAGACCAAGUUUACGUACGUGGUUGCGUGCCAAGUGUACGGUCGCCAGAAGCGCAACAACGACCCGAAGGCCAAGGACAUCGAGUACUUGCUGCACCGGUUCCCGAAUCUGCGCGUGGCGUACAUUGACGAAGUCCGCGUCAACUACCAGAAGGACCUCUCGUACUUUUCGGUGCUCGUCAAGGGCACCGAGACACUGCACGAGACGAUCGAGUGCUACCGCAUUCGCUUGCCGGGCAACCCGAUCAUUGGCGAAGGCAAGCCCGAGAACCAGAACCACGCGAUCAUCUUUACGCGCGGCGAGCAUGUCCAGACGAUCGACAUGAACCAAGACGGGUACGUCGAAGAGGCGCUCAAGAUGCGCAACGUGUUGCAGACGUUUACGAAUGGUCCGCGCCCCGUCACGAUCGUGGGCCUGCCCGAGCACAUCUUUACGGGCAGCAUUAGCUCGCUCGCCAACUACAUGGCGCUCCAGGAGACGUCGUUCGUCACGCUCGGCCAGCGCACCCUCACGCGGCCGCUCCGAGUGCGCAUGCACUAUGGCCAUCCCGACAUCUUCAACAAGCUCUUCUUUAUGACGCGCGGUGGUAUCUCCAAGGCCAGCCGCGGCAUCAACUUGUCGGAAGAUAUCUUUGCCGGCUACAACAACUGUCUCCGCGGUGGCACCGUCGCGUUCCCAGAGUACAUCAAGUGCGGGAAAGGCCGCGAUGUCGGCAUGCAGCAGAUCUACAAGUUUGAAGCCAAGCUCGCGCAAGGCGCGGCCGAGCAGUCACUCUCCCGCGACGUGUACCGGCUCGCGCACCGACUCGACUUUUUCAAAUUGCUCUCGUUCUACUACAACCACGUCGGGUUUUACCUCUCGAUGUCGUUCAUCAUCUGGACCGUCUUUGUGCUCACGUACAUUCAACUGCUCCGGUCGCUCCUCGGCCUCGAAGGCAUCGGCGGCCGCGAAGCCGUCAUCCUCUCGCAGCUCCAGGUCAUGCUCGGUCUCGUCGCGUUCCUCACGACUGCGCCGAUGCUGGCGACGAUCAGCGUCGAGCGCGGGUUCAAGGCCGCGCUCACCGAAGUCGCGAUGGUCGUCGUCACGGGCGGGCCGCUCUAUUUUCUCUUCCACAUUGGCACCAAGUGGUUUUACUAUGGCCAGACGCUGCUGGCGGGCGGCGCCAAGUACCGCGCGACGGGCCGCGGGUUUGUGACCAAGCACUCGCACUUUGACGACCUCUUUCGCUUCUACGCGAGCUCGCAUCUGUACGCAGGCACGGAGAUUGCGGCCGCGCUGAGCUUGUACUAUGCGUACACGGCCACGACGCAGUACGUUGCGCUCACGUGGUCGCUCUGGCUCGUCGUGUUUUCGUGGACGUGCUCGCCGUUCUGGUUCAACCCGCUCGCGUUCGAGUGGUCGGACGUGCUCGAAGACGCGCGGGUGUGGGUGCGCUGGCUCCGCGGCGAGGGCGGCCACGGCAACCAGAGCUGGCUCGCGUGGUUCAAGGAUGAAAACAUGUACUUUCUGCACCUCCGGCCGUGGGCCAAGGCGUGCGUCUUUGCCAAGUCGCUCGUGUAUCUCGUCGUCGGGCUCGCACUCCUCACGGCCGACGACGCGUACCAUUCGUUCGCGGCCGAAGCGUCGUGGCUGCCGCUCACCGUGCUCCUCGGCCUCGUCGGGCUGAACCUGAUGGUGUUUUCGGCGUUUCUGGACGCGCCGUUCGCCGAGUCGGGCGGCAUCCGCUUCCUCAAGCUCGUCGUCGUCCUCGUCAACGUGGCCGCGGUCCUGUACGCGACGACGUCGGUCGACGGCAUGGUCGCGUGCGCGGUCGCUGUCUACUACCUCGCGGCCGCCGUCGGUUCGUGGACACUGCUCUUUUCGGGCUCGGACAAUAAGCUCGCGAUCACACUCUACUUUGCCCAUGAUGUGAUCCUCGGCGGUGUCUGCCUCGGCGUCAUUACCUUCCUCUCGGCCAUCUACGUGCCCGGAAAGAUCCAAACGUGGCUCCUCUACAACAACGCGCUGAGCCGCGGCGUUGUCAUUGAAGAUAUUUUACGCGCCAACUCGCAGCUCCACGACCAAGAAGACGACUUGACGUUUGUGCACAUGAAGAAGAUCAUCCUCGAGCAGCAGCGCGUCAUCGCGGCGCUCACCAACGGCAGCGACAGCGACGAGAUCAAGGGGAGCCUCGGGCGCGCGCACGUGAGCGACACGGACCUCUCGGAGCUCAAGGACGCGAGCUGGAAGCUCACGAGCAUGGUCGACGAAGCGCCCAAAAGCACCGAAGUGGACGUCCCGUUCCACCGCGUGCGCCGCGCCAACUCGAGCGACACGAUGGGCGCGAUGCUGCGCGGCAAGCCGCCCAUGGGCGCGCUCCCCAAGCCGCCGCCGUCGGGCCCGUCGACCUAG